AUGGAAAUGAUGAUGGCAGUGGAGGACCUCGACGUGAUCGAGCCGGCCGGCGAGACGGUCAAAAGGAAAUUCACCGUCACGAAAGUAGAGGAGAAAGUAUUAGAACCUUUCGACAAAUCUUCUCAGACCCCCAACGAGAUCCUGAAGAGGAUCGACGCCAACAUCGCCCUCCUCCGCAGCAACAUCCAAGACAUCGGCUCCAACAGCAAGCUCGUCACCGAGCUGGAGACGGUGGUCUCGGGGAGCAGCUACCGCAAGAACCGCUACUACCCGCGAGAGCAGUACCUCCAGACCGGCUCGCGCGGCGAGGAGAAGGUGGUGUUCGUCGAGAUGCAGACGCGGGGGAUCGUGAACGACGCCUUCCAAGCGAACGAGGGAGGGGAGAAGAACAUGCGAUGAUCGGCUUCCUCUUCGUUCUCGUUCCGUUCUUUAAAAUCCCGACACGCGUUUCAGUGCAAAAUAUGUUUUUAUGCAAUAAAUAGAUACUUUACCC